GUAACAUCCUCUACAUAUCAAGAUAAACACAUACAUGAGUAUUUGAAGUAAAUUAGAUGCACAUUUCACAUUUUGAUUUUGAUUGGAUAAUUUCAAUAAAAGUGAAGAGAUAAUAUGAAAAUUUUUUUAUAUAAUUUUUAUGUAACUAUAAAUUUAAAGAACAAAAUAAGAUGCACACAAAUUUGUUGAGAAGGCUUUUUCUUCUUUUUUUUUCUUCUUUCUUUUCUUUAAUAGUGAACUCAUCAACUAUUUGUUGUAUGAAAUUAAAUACUAGUACUACUACUACUACUACUACUGCCAUUGGCAACUAUCCAAUUUCUAUAUUGCAUUCAUAAUCAGAUAUCAGAAGACAAAAACUAGGAAUUUACUGAAAUCAACAAGAUGGAAAAUCGUCGUGCUCUAAUGAAAUCUACUGAUAUGCAAGCACCAUUACAGAAAAUUGUUGUAGACACAUGUGUUGUAGCUACAGAACAGUAUGAUGAAGAAAGAGAUGUUGCAGCUUAUGUUAAAAAACAUAUGGAUAAAUAUGAUGGUGGUGUUUGGCAUUGUGUUUUAGGCAAAGAUUUUGGAUGUUAUGUGUCGCAUUUGGAUGGAUACUUCAGUUACUUUCAAUACCAAGGGAAAUCAAUGAUUGUCUUUCGAACACAAUAAAUUGAUCUACAUUACUAAGAAUUAUUACUCUUAUUUGAGAACGAGACUGUGAUUUUAUUAUUUUUAUUGUCAUUAUGCAUUAUCUGUAUAUGAUUUAAAUACAGAUAAGUCUAAAUUCCUCUCUGUAUAAAUGUAUUUUAUAUUAAUUAAAAAGGUUUAACAGUGGUAUAAAAGAAAGUAUUUUAAAUGAUUUUCAUGUUCACAGUCUUCUCUUGAAUAAACAGAAAAUGGUUGAUCGAAAGCGUAUAAUUUGUAUAGAACGACCACCAGACAUAACAAGCAAUAAUGUAUGUCAGAUGGUCCGAUGAUCCAAAGGAAUACCUAUAACAUAAGGCAGAAUGUUGUAUAAUGCUGUAUCAUCCACUCAAAUCACCAGCGGAUAAAAUGUUGUUCCAAGCUUGAAGCUAUUCAUUACCGAUGUAUGACUAAGUAGCAUAAAACCUACUUUCACCCAUUCUCCUUAAUCAUAUACAAAACAACUUUAGGCUAAAUAGAGUUUCCAAAAUGUUACUUUCCCGUGACUGCAUCACAAAAAAUCUGAUCAGUAUCAAGAACUAAACCACAAGACAUUGGUGUGCGUCAAGCAAUCGAUAAUACUUCCACUUUAGAUGCUUCAAACGUUUCAAGGAACUCCCGAAAUAUUCUUAGACUAAAGUAUGGCGUUAUAAUUUGACUGAUUACUUGAUCUUUAAAAAAUUUUGCAAACAAUGCAUUAUUCUUGCAUGAUUGAACUCCGAAGUGAACAGUCGGGCUGACUAAUUGAGGA